AGGUUUUCUUCUCUGGCUCUUCCCCGGGCCGAGGCUUUGAAUUUUGUUUGUGUUAUUCAUUCAUGGUGCUGCUGGUUUCUGGAGCCUGUUGCUUGUUACGGAGGCAGGUUUUGGUAUCUGAUGCGCAUUGAUUUCAGGUGAAUUUCAGUCGCAGAGGGGCUUGUAUCUGGACUUUGGGAAGUUUCUCUGUUGGCAGGUUUUGAUGGUUCCAACGGAGCUAGGGAUUUCGAUAUAAGCGAUCGUGGCCUGUGUUGAAUUCUCGCUGGCAAGUGGCUCGUGUCCUAUUUUUAGUGUUUUCUUGAACGGCCACGAACCAGGGAAAAAUAUCUCGCAUCGAUGGAGAUUGACAAGCUGACCGCUGAGGUGGUGCGGUUUAUGCUGUUCAAGUCACACAAGCAGCCGAAUGUACCAGUGAAAAGGGAGGAACUGGCACAGCUUAUCACGGAGAAUUACAAGCAGCGCAGUUUGCCUGGUACUGUCAUUGCAAAUGCGCAGGCGAGACUGAAGUCUAUAUUUGGUCUGGAAAUGGUCGAAGUCCAUCUUUCGCGACAGACUAAGGCAUCGAAGAAUGCCGCAUCUCAGGCACCGGCUGGUGAUGUCAAGGUAUAUGUGCUGAAGAGCCUUGUACCGGAGGAGCUGGCCAAGAGAUUCAUAGAAACCAAAGACAUCGCUGCUCCUAUGGGUUUUGCAGUUGUUGUGGUUGGUGUUCUUCAACUUGCCGGAGACAAAGUUCCAGAAGGUACACUGUGGACACAAUUAAAACGAAUGGGAAUCGACGAGUUUGACAACAGUCACCCAGUGUUUGGCAACAUUAAGGAAAAUAUACAAACACUAGUCAAACAGCGAUAUAUUCGUAAGGAGAAAGUUUCCAGUAGUGAAGGUGAUGUAUGGGUGCUUGACUUAGCGGAGAGAGCGCUCGAUGAAAUCUUUAAAAAAGAGGUGCAUACCUUCAUUCAAAAUCUUGUAAACAAUGCUGAAAAUUAGAGAUGAUAGAUUAUGAGCAACAGUUGUACUUUUCAUUUCCAUUCCAGCGGACAUUUCAAAGAUCAACCAUCGUCUUUUGGCUACGACAGGCAUCCUCUGUCAGAAAUGAAGAACCUAAAUGGCUGUCAAACGAAGGCGCACUGGUGCACAAUGUACCAUAUUUUGCAGUUUUUGGCAGUGUUGGCACCAGGAAUUCUGGUACAUGGUGCGUUUUUGUAUAUCUUCAUUCAGCAUGAUUUAUAUUACUCGUAGGAUCCCAACACUAAUGGUUGGUUCUACCUCAUCACAGCAUCUGAAUUAUAAUGGAACCACAAGUACCAGCAGUCACUUUUGUACGCGGGUGAAGUUUGAAUAUUUGAACCACCAUUCUCUAUUUCCAUUACUUUAACAUCCCUCUUGCUCACUUUCAGCGUCAGAUUUGCAAGUGCUAAAAUUGACGAAUUGUUUACCUUAACUUAGAUUUUCAGUUUUGGUAACAUGCAGAAGAAUUUUUUGCAGCUUGCUAGCUCCGUGCUUGCAUAUCCAGAAUAGGUUUCUUGUGGUAUGUAAAUAGUUCACAUGAUGAAACUUAGUAAAAUACAAACUGAAGCACUACAAUCAAAAUAUUGAAAUAAAUACAACCAAACAUGCAAACAUAUUUCAUCUA